CCCACCUCCAUCCUUAUCUUUUCACCUCACUGCCCAGCCCUGCGCCUCACUCCCUCUUUUUGAGAGGAGAUGCGGCUGUGUUAAUUCAAGCACCACCUUCCUCCUCAAGAGCAAAACACUCAUUUUCCUUCCAUCGCCGCCCGUCACAGCUGGUGCUUCGGUACCCCUCCACAAGACCGAACUUGAAGAUAGUCCUGGUUGGUGCUAAUGUCUUCGGAAGAGGUGACAGAUCUCACAUUGCAUUUGCUAGAAAAAAUUACAAACAAAUUCUCCAAGGAGCACAUAAUUGGAAAGGGCGGAUAUGGGGAAGUUUACAGGGCAGUGCUCAAUGGGCAUGAAAUUGCUGUGAAGAAGCUUUAUCUCAUGAAUGGAAUUGAUGAUAAGGAUUUUACAAAUGAAUUUCGGCAACUCAUGAAGGUCCAACAUGAAAAUAUUAUACGGCUAAUUGCCUACUGCUACGAGAUAAAGCAUAAACAUACUCCUUACGACGGACAACUUGUCUUUUCUCAAGUUAUUGACCGAGCUCUCUGUUUUGAAUACAUGCCGGGUGGAAGUCUUGCCAACCAUAUUUUUGAUGAAUCUUGCAUACAUGAUUGGGCAACAACAUACAAAAUCAUUAAAGGGACUUGCGAGGGCCUGCACUACCUUCAUAAAGGAAGAGGAGAGGGUGAUUAUAUUUAUCAUCUGGACUUAAAACCAGACAACAUAUUGUUGGAUAAGGACAUGAUCCCAAAAAUCGCAGAUUUUGGUUUGUCCAGACUCUUCGGUGAAUCAAGAACCUACGAAACAAGCAGCGCUAGGAGAGGAUCAUUAGGAUUCAUGGCACCAGAAUAUAUAAAUAAUGGUGCGAUAUCACCACAGAAUGACGUGUUCAGUCUUGGUGUUAUAAUUUUCUAUCUGUUGGUGGGAAAAAAGGGCUACAAUGAUUAUUGUGAAUCGCGGUCAUCUCGUCGUCAAGAGUUCACUGAGAGAGUACAAGAGUACUGGAAGAGGAGGACGCGUGCGGUGGCGGACAACACAUGGGACGAAAUAGAUCUCCUGGGAGUGAAGAUAUGUACUGAACUUGCAAUGAGAUGUGUCGAGAUCCCAAAAGCAGACAGGCCUCGUACAAUGGAGAUUAUCGAUGCACUCCACAAACUAGAUGUUCGAAAGGAUAAAAUGGCAAAGAAAGAUACAGAGUCACCUACAGACCAGAGAAACUUGGACUGCACAGAUAUUGCGCUCAAUCCGUCCCAGGAGCUCUGCUUCAUGUUCAAACCAAAGAUGGAGCUGUCAUGCUGCCUGCCGCUAACCAACAAGGUGGACGGCUUUGUUGCCUUUAAUAUAAAGGCCAGCAAAAAGUACUGUGCACGUCCAAGCCAAGGAAUUAUGCCACCAUUUUCGAAAUCUUACAUCAUUGUCACGACCCCAGGACAGGACAAGGCUCCAUCGGAUAUGCAGUGCCGCGACGAACUCAUUGUUCAGAGCAAAAGAGUGAGCAAGGAUUUCACAUCCCAAAAUAUCACUCCAUACUUCCUUAAGAAAGCCACAAUGGUGGAUGAGAUGAUAUUGCCGAUUGCUUACGUUGCAAUGGAGUAACUAUGUAUCCAUAAUAGCUAGUCAUCUCCAAGGAGCAAGAGACAAGGGGAACUUUUUAACUCCUGAGCUUAAAUAAUUCUGAACCCAGAUUCAUUGUUAAUGAAUUUAUCUAUAACAGAGUGGUUGAACGACAAUACGCUUGCUGCUCGA